CCCCACAAAGAGUCCCCUUCAUUCUCUUUCCCCUUCUUAUAACCCUUUUGCUCCCAUAACUUUCAACCAUAUUAUCUCCUCCCCAUUUCGCAUAACACACAGGAUUAUUGUCUUCUCUCCCAAAUGGGUUUUGAUGAUGUUUGUAACACCGGUCUUGUUCUAGGUUUAGGUCUCACGACAGCGCAAGAAAGUACAGCAGCAUCCAAGGCAGCAAAGAAGCCGUGCUCCAAUUUUGAGCCGUCUCUAACGUUAGGUCUUGCCGCCGGCGAUAGUUUCCACCAACAAGCCCCGCCCAGCAGAAAGAUCGAUGUGAACAAAGGGUGUGAGGAUUCGGUUGACUUUUAUCGGCAGGCUUCCCCUCACAGCGCUGUUUCAUCCUUCUCCAGCGGUCGUGUUAAGAGGGAGAGAGACCUUAGCAGCGAUGAGGUUGAGGUUGAGGUUGAGAGAGUCUCUUCAAGAGUCAGCGAUGAAGAUGAAGAUGGUCCUAAUGCAAGAAAGAAGCUCCGGCUCACCAAGGACCAGUCUGCUCUUUUGGAGGAAAGCUUCAAACAACAUAGCACUCUCAACCCUAAGCAAAAGCAAGCUUUGGCAAGGCAGCUAAAUCUACGGCCUCGACAGGUUGAAGUUUGGUUCCAGAACAGAAGAGCAAGGACAAAGCUUAAGCAAACCGAGGUGGAUUGUGAGUUCCUGAAGAAGUGCUGCGAAACACUGACAGAUGAAAAUCGGCGGCUACAGAAAGAGCUACAGGAGCUGAAGGCGCUGAAACUAGCACAACCUUUGUACAUGCACAUGCCGGCGGCGACUCUCACGAUGUGCCCGUCGUGUGAAAGGAUUGGCGGUGUCGGCGAAAGCGCUUCCAAGAGCCCCUUUUCGAUGGCUCCCAAGCCUCACUUCUACAACCCCUUCACCAAUCAUCCUUCUGCAGCUUGUUAGGGUGUUAGGAUUAGAGAAAUAUACAUCUCCGUAACCCCUAUAUUUUUUUUGGUCAAGGGCUUGCAGUGAAAGAUUAGUGUAAUUAAGCUGUAGAAAAAAAAAAUAGUAUUACUAAUCAAUUUACCUUUCUUUUUUUCCUUUUUUUUUUUUUUUUUUUACUUCAUAUCUCUCUCUCUAUAUAUAUGUAUGCUUGUAAAUCGUUAAACUUUUACGUCUAUGAAGGGAUAGCUAUUAUUUAUGGCUCUGUUCUUUUUCCUUGACGUUUUUGGUCAGUUUGAUUGUUGUAUACGAUGGAUAUAUGGUGAA